AGCCCCUCCUCCUGUAGAGAGAGCGGCCUGAGACACACACACACGCACACACACUCAUCCCUCGCUGCUGCCGACUCCGGAUCCCCGGGCCCGUGCAGCUUAGUUCUGGACAUCUCCAGGUCUCACAGCAGACAUCAGCAGGUGACCUAGUGAAGUUAGACUCUGAGGGCUCUCUGCCUCUCCCUCACACGUCUUCCUGUCUCUGGACAGUUUUGUCAUGGCGUCCUCCCUGAUCAGCCGUCAGUUUGCUCUCUCCCUGCAGAAAAACCUGUGGCUCAGUGCUCCAGGGUGUCGCUAUGUCAGUAAGGCGGCACCAAAGACCCAGGUGGAGUUUGACUACGAUGGACCAUCCAUGAAAACUUCAGUUCCUGGACCACGAUCACAAGAGCUGACGAAGCAGCUGGGAGACAUUCAGAAUGUUGGUGCAAUCAACUUUUUCUGUAACUAUGAUGAGAGCAGGGGGAACUACCUGGUGGAUGUGGACGGCAACCGCAUGCUAGAUAUCUACACUCAGAUCUCCUCCAUCCCAAUCGGCUACAACCACCCUGCUCUCCUCAAACUGAUGUCCAAUCCAAACAAUCUGAGUACUCUUGUGAACCGACCCGCCCUGGGAAUCCUGCCUCCGGAGAACUUUCCAGAAAAACUCGCUGAAAGUCUUCUCUCAGUGGCUCCCAGUGGAAUGGCUCGUGUUCAGACAAUGGCCUGUGGCUCUUGCUCCAAUGAGAAUGCUUACAAAGCAAUGUUUAUCUGGUACAGGAACAAGGAGCGAGGCCACAACACACCGUCUGAAGAAGACCUCAGCUCCUGCAUGAUAAACCAGGUCCCAGGUUGUCCAGAACUCAGUAUUUUAUCUUUCAUGGGAGCUUUCCAUGGAAGAACCAUGGGUUGCUUGGCAACGACACACUCUAAAGCGAUCCACAAGCUGGAUGUGCCAUCAUUUGAUUGGCCGAUCGCUCCGUUUCCCAAACUGCAGUACCCGCUGGAGGAAUUUACCAGAGAGAAUGCACAGGACGAGGCUCGCUGUCUGGAGGAGGUGGAGGACCUGAUCAUAAAAUGGAGACAGAAGGGGAAGCCUGUGGCUGGGAUUGUAAUUGAACCAAUCCAGGCUGAAGGGGGAGAUAACCACGCCUCCCCAAACUUCUUCAAAAGCCUCCGCAACAUUGCACGCAAGCAUGGCUGUGGUUUCCACGUGGAUGAAGUCCAGACUGGUGGAGGGAACACAGGAAAGUUGUGGGCUCAUGAGCACUGGGGCAUGGAUGACCCUGCUGACAUUGUGUCCUUCAGCAAGAAGCUUCUCACUGGUGGCUACUACCACAAAGACGAAUUACAGGCUGAUAAGCCGUACCGCAUCUUCAACACGUGGAUGGGUGACCCAACAAAGAACUUGCUCCUGGCUGAGGUUCUCAAUGUGAUUCGCAGAGAGAACCUUCUGGAGGAGGUGACCCGCUCUGGAAAAGCCCUGCUAAACGGCCUUUAUGAGCUACAGGCUCAGUACCCCGGCCUAUUGAGUCGAGCUCGAGGACAGGGGACCUUCUGUGCCAUUGAUAUCUGUGAUGAUGCAACACGCAGCAGCAUCCUGCUCAAGGCCAGAGACAAAGGUGUCCUCCUGGGAGGGUGUGGGGAUCGAUCGAUCCGUUUCCGUCCAGCUCUGGUUUUCAAGGAGUACCAUGUGGACAUCUUCCUCAACAUCUUCAAUGACGUGUUGGCCCAGCACAAAUAAAUGGUGACCCUCAAGGAGCCUGACUGACACUGCAUGAGUUAAUCCAGAAUGGAGGGAGGAAACUCCAGACAGUCCAUGUCAUGAUAAGCACAAUCCACACAAUUACUCACACAGCUAUCUCAUAUAUCCUCUGUUUCAGAUCCAAUAAGCCAAUCUUCAUCCCCUUAGCCAGAAAAGAUGAUGAUGAUAUUCUCAUGAUUUUGCUGCCAUAAAGGUGUACCCAGAAAAGCAUCCAGGUGCAGUAACUAGGUAUCAGUAACUGAGAAUGUUCAUGUUUCUGUAAAAUGAAUCUGUGGAAAUGUCUCCAAACUCCAGAAUCAUUCUCAUCUCUUACAUGUAGACUGACUUGACCGCUGGAUGAAGUCAUGCCAGAUUGCACAUCAUGUCAGCAAAUCUAGCUGCUACUCCUCCCCCUACGCCCUUGUGAUGACUCUGUGUUGCUCUUAAUAGGAAUGACUUUUGAAAUGUUGUAGCCCAGAAAAAAAUGUGAAUCUUAAAUGGACCAUGACAAUGUCAUAGAUUGUUUAGUGCCUGCAUGUCACUUAAAUGUGCUAAUAUUGUUUUCUUUUCUUUUUUAGUGGCUCAAACGGGAGCAGCCAUUGGUAACCUUAGUUGAUCUAAAAUUCUGAACACAUUUUGACUUGACUCUUGAACAAAAGCUUCAUAUAUUGCCAAAAUUAUAUUUUUAAAACAGAUUUACUUUUCAUUUUCAUGCCACACUUUGUUAUCAUUUCAUAUUUAACACUUCUCAUGUGUGACAGAACAGCCAGUUGGUGUAAAUUCAGCAUGCAGGAAAACUGAUCAUUUUCAGUUUGCAUCAAGCUUCAAAAUCCUUCUUCAAUUCAGACUGAUUAUGGGUUCACAGGCCUUCGGCCUCUGUGGGGUCCUUCACACAGAGGAGAUAAACCAUGACCUGGAUGACUGAGAAUCUUCUAGCUGUUAGUAAUCCGUCUCAUCCAAGGCGCAACAAUGAGCCCAUUCCACACUUAAAACAAAUGUCACCAAGCAACACAAAGGUCAGAUCUAAAAUGCAUUGGACGUGUUUUCAAACAGUAUUUUUUGAUUUCUCAAGAGAAAAGACUUCAAAUAUAUAGAUUAACUGACUGGUUUGACAAAUGCGCGUCUUUUUUUCAAUGGGAAUUGUGCCAGACUCUGCUACUGAGUGGAUGAGACAGACUCAAACAGGGUUGGCCUGUUAGCAAACUGUAGCUAAGUUGCAGAACUUGAACUUUGAGCACAAGUCCAUUGAGAAGCAAUUAGAUCAUAAGCAAUACAAAGAUGUAGAGCAUAAAGGCUUAAACACCAUCACAGCACAACUUUUUCUUAAUAUUUGUAGAAUUAUUUUUUGUAACUCUGCCCAAGCUGUUGUUCUACUGAUUCUGUAGAACACUUAAAACCUUCAUCGGUGUCUGAAUGUUCCAUGGAGCUUUUAGGCAAGUGUUACAAGUGUGUAGCAGUUCAGAAAAGGUGUUAUCAUUCAUUUCUUUCUGAUUAUUAACUCAAUACAGUCAUUAAUAUAUAUGAAUAUUAUGUACAUUUUUUACAUUCAUUUUGCAGAAAUUAUAUCCAGUAAGCCUAAUGUAAAUUUGUUCCACAUAGUUCACAGGGUUAGUGAGUCUUGUAUAAACAUCGAUUUUAAAGGAGUAAGAACUGCAGGGUGUCCAUGUGAGCAAUACAAUGGUGAUGAUGACAACAGUGCCGUCUCCUUGUCAGUCAGUGUUCCAUGAAUCCACGACGACCUUUAAUCUUUUUGACAUGAACUAUUAUCACUUGUGAUCUGAGAUAGAUGAUUAUUGAUGUACAGUAAUUAUUUUAGAUGGCUCUAGCUGUUGUCUAUAAAACAUUCUGUCCAUUUAAUGUAAGAAAUAAAAGAAGUUUUGAGUAACC